CGAGCUUUUAAAAUAAACAAGAAAUAAAAAAAAGCAGUACGGCUGGAUGGAUGGAUGGAUGGAUGUGGGGAGAGAGGAAUAGAACUGGUAGCACGCAGAGGGUUCAAACCAGACCAGAAUAAUAGCUAGCACGCAUACAGGCAUCCGCAACGCAAAGGAGAUGAUCAUGGUCGCUUCCCGUGCGCCACCGUUGUUUUAUUCAGAUACGUGAUAUAUGUAUUAUAUAAUCCGGGUUUUGUUUUUUCAAAAAAAAUAUUUUGAUAUGCGCACAGUAGAAUCCAUAAAUAUCUAAAUAUGAUUUUUGCUGCCGCUGCUGCUGCUGCUCUUCUCAUUCCAAUCGUCGGGCGGCACAAAGUUUCGCAAAAGUGGUUAGCUUUUCGACAUGAUCUCUCCCGUCUGAGACCUUUUUGCCACAGGCUCCGUCCUAGGUUUUGGAUUUCGGAAGGGGAAAGGAGAGAGGAGGAGAAAUAAAACAUAGAAGAAGGGCAAUAGAGAAAAAGAAAUAAAGAGAGGAAAAGAGAAGUAGGCGGAGACUGGAGAGAAGCCGGACGGGGUUAGGAGAGAGGGAGCGACUGAGAGGAAAAGGGGAAGAAGAGUAGAGGAGAGCCAUAGGUCUCGGAGCUGAAGACGCCCUUAUCGGUGGAGAAGGUCAUUUGUUUCUGCUCGGGCUUCUCGGCGGAACAGAUUGCAAAGGCUAUUACAAGAAACGAUUUUUAGAGGGCAUAGGAGGCCAAAAGAAGGAUCUUCGCAACACGAACAGCAGGAGGAGAGAGGAUGUGGGACCUCAACAACUCGCCGGAUCCGAUAAGGGACGCGGCCUCCCCCUCCGACGAGGAGGAGUGGGAGGUGGAGGAGGAGCCGGCGGAGAGCUCCUCCCCGAAGAACGCCGUCACCGACGACAAGGGGAAGGGGCCGGAGUCCGCCUCCACUGCCGACAACGACGACUCCAGCUCCUCCGCCCUCCUCGUCGAGGCCUCCAACGAGGCCGAUGGGGAUGGAUGCCGGAGGGUAUUCGGGUUCUCGGUCGGCGGCGAUGGCCGCUGCUCCGGCGAAAGCGAGCUCGCCAUCGUGACCCACCAGUUCUUUCCGGUGGAGGAAGUGGGCGGGAGGGAGAGCGACGGGGCGGAGGGUCCGCUGCCGCGGGCCCAUUGGGUUGGGGUCAAGUUCUGCCCGUCGUCGAAGACGGCCGCCGCCGGGAAGGCGAUGGACGCGUCGCGGCCGAUGAAGAAGAGUCGGAGAGGGCCCAGGUCUAGGAGCUCGCAGUAUCGGGGGGUCACAUUCUACCGGAGGACCGGCCGCUGGGAAUCCCAUAUCUGGGAUUGUGGCAAGCAGGUUUAUUUAGGUGGAUUCGACACCGCCCAUGCCGCGGCUCGAGCAUACGAUCGAGCGGCCAUCAAGUUCCGUGGGGUGGACGCCGACACAAAUUUUAAUCUAGAGGACUAUGAGGAGGACAUGAAACAGAUGAACAGUCUCACCAAGGAGGAAUUUGUUCAUGUGCUUCGUCGCCAGAGUACUGGAUUCCCUAGGGGGAGCUCUAAAUACAGAGGGGUCACCUUGCACAAGUGUGGAAGAUGGGAGGCUAGAAUGGGCCAAUUCCUAGGAAAAAAGUACGUGUAUUUGGGCCUCUUCGACACCGAAGAGGAAGCUGCAAGGGCUUACGAUAAAGCCGCAAUCAGGUGUAAUGGAAAGGACGCAGUGACCAACUUCGAUCCGAGCAUCUAUGCUGGUGAGCUUAGCGCUGCAUCCGGCCACAGUGACCAUGAUCUAGAUCUGAGUUUGGGGAACUCGAGCUCCAAAAGGAGUAGCCUCGAGCCAAUGGCUGAUGAUAGCCCUGGUGGCGUGGAUCAGUGUGUUCCUGUGGCCUUCGAGCAGAACUGGAGAGUGAGCAUUCCAAGCACCAGACCUAAGGUAUGCCCAAAACACCUCUUCUAUUCGAGUCUCCUUUAUUUUAGAGUCGUUAAAUUUGCAUUCGGCGCGAUUGUAAUAUGCUCUCGGGUGUUUGAUGACAAGUUUAAGCAACCAGAAGAAGCCGCCGGGAUCAAUUUCCGUCUCGAUAAUGCCUACAUGCAGUCCCCAGGUCCACCCAGUGAGAUGUACAAAUACCCCGCCGCUUUCCAGAUCAUUCCCGAUCCUGCUGGAUUUCCGGACAGCAACAGCGUUGGAGGGGGCCUUUAUUUGGCGAUGCGUGGCGAGGAGCAGCAGCUGCAGCAGCAACACAGACAGUCGAAUUGGGGUAAUCGCAGUAGUAUUUGGCCAUCAUCUCAUGCUGUUGCCUCGCCCCAUUUGUUCGCCACCACAGCUGCAGCAUCAUCAGGAUUCUCACCACAGACGGCAAAAUCGCCCCCAGCUUGGCAGGCAGGUGAACGGGUUCCACUCCCAGACAAGACCCAACUGAGAGAUAAUAUUCUCUCACCACCGGGCGAUCCAUUCGAAUCCCCCUUCUCUGCCGCUAAAAUGGCCGAUUCCGUUGUUUGUGCUUUCAGUCACCGGCUACCCAAAUGAAGCCUUCGUGUGUGGCAUUUGUAAACGAGACAUCUCCCGUAAUUGCUCCAUGAGAGAGAGGGUAUAAGAGAGAGAAAGAGAGCUGGUAGAGGUUGGAAUUGAAGAAUUGAUACUCUUUGGAUGGCUAGCUUGAUAGUUUUUUUUUUGCCUUCACCCUUUCUUUUCACCAGUAUCAGUUAGCGGUGAUACUCGAUCUUGUCACCCCCGGAAUUGAUAAGUUGGUUCUCAUGUUGUAUCA